AGCUGCGCACUGACGGGGGAGACGGCAGUUCGGUUGGCGGGGAUGGGGUGGGGGCGCAGGACAAAGUGGAGCAGGAAGCUUUGGACAAAGAUGAUGAAGCGAAGGUAUUAAUGAGAACAGAGGCUCCUUUGAAUGAGCGGGACUGCGCAGUCCUGAGAGAAUGAGCGGCUCUCGGUCUCCAGCUGCUGCUACAGGUUUAUGGUCUUUUGUAUGCAACCCCUUUAUCCACCAUCUGUGUUUCCUGGGCAACCGAGGAUUGCCUGCAGGCACCAGCUAAUGCACCGCAGCCACCUCAAAUCAACAUACUAUUGCUGCACUGUCAUUUUUAUAACAGGUGCUGUAAGGCUAUUUUACGUCUUUUAAUCAUAUGCCAAAUAAUCAAAGUAAUCUUUUAGCAAAAAAAUUGCAAUUUUUUUUAUAGGACAACCUCGUGUGGGUUAUUUUUAUUUUUUUCUAAUCUUGUCCUGCAGUUCAAUAUGGAUCAAUCAAUUCCUGGGGCAAUUUAGCACAAGUUUGGGUUAUAGGUUUAAUUCCACAUGGUUAAGAUUUAUCCUAAACAAUGGUUUAAAGUAAUUAUCUUACUGAAAGGCUGCCAGACUUGAAAAAAAAAAAUAGGCUGAGGUAGAUUUCUAAACAAGUGAUAUCUGGGUCAAAUGAAAGAUUCUGAUCCAUCCAUGUUAUUCUUGCAAAGUUGCUGGUACAUAUCUCCACAGACCAACACAUAGACAGUGUUGCAUUCACACACCUAGAGGUCUUACACUCAUCAGAAACAUAUAUUCCUUAAGUUCACAUUCCUGUAUUAUUAGUUUUUUUUUCUUGAUGUAAUAUUCUAAUCCUAAAUAUUGGGGUUUCAUUAGCUGUUUGCCUAAAGUCAUCAUGAUUAACAGAAAUAAAAGCAUGAAUUCAUCAGUGUAUGUUGUUAUUUUAUAUUCCAAGUGUAAUUAUUCCAUGUGCAUCACUUAGUUAAUCGAAUUACUGAAAAAAAAGAUUUUUUCAAUAAUACUCAAAUUUCUUGAAUAUGACUAUAUAUGGGCCUACACUGAUUUUAUUCUUAUUUUCUAUUUCAGAAUUACAAUAGUAGAAGAUAUAAGAACAUAAUUCAAAAAUAUUUAUUCCUGGAUUCUAUGAGCAGACAUUAAUAUUACAAGCAGAAGUCUCAUCACAAUAUAUUUGAGAUAUCUGAUAGCUGGCAUGUUAAACCGCAUCUUAUAAUUAGCAGAUUUAGUGCAAUGAGUUUUACUAAAGUAUCAGUCUCUCUGUUAAAGCUGUUGUAGUUUCUAGCAAGGAGAGAGUGGUUGUCAGGUAGCAGAUUAAUAUCACCAAAACCUCUGAUCCAGAGGAGAAAUGUUGGUAGAACACCCGAUUCCACCUGCAGAAUGAGCCUCCUGUCGAUAAGAGAGGAUAAUCUACAUAAUCCUCACUGUGGGACUUCAGAGUUAUUUAUUAUUUGUCCACUUAUUUCAGAGAAAUCUCAAAGAUAGCUUUUCAGAAUAUCGACAGUUUUGGACAUAACCAAAAUGCAAUCGUGGAAUCGAUGCCCCUUUGGGCCGGAAUAUCAUGUUUUUUUAUUAUUUAUAAAUCCAGAACGUUCUUUCUUUAUUUUCACCAGACAUAUUUUAGCUUCAGUUUUAAAACAUUUCAUCCACUAGGGGGCGAUAUAGUAACGUGAGCUGCUUCAGAUUUGAUCCGUCUCGGUUACCAUACAGGCCUCCGCUCUGUGUGUUGGCUCAUUUUAAAUGGAACUCGACGAUCUGCAGCCAUCUGGUUGUUUUCUUUCUCAUCGUUUAUGCAUCAGUCUGGCACCGCAAGUCUCUCUGGCUUGUGCCGGGUCACCGAGCACCUUUUCCUGAGUAGUAACAGAGCAGCCAAGGACUGCUCCCAGCUGACUGGAAAUGGGAUAACCUGCAUCAUAAACGCCACAGAAACCAAGAACGAUGCUGCUCCUCCUCCCGGAGUGGAGUACGUCCACAUCCCGGUGCCCGACUCCCCGCAGUCCCCGCUCAGAGACCACUUUGACCAGGUGGCGGAUAAAAUACAGAGCACCGCGGAGCGCCACGGCUGCACACUGGUGCACUGCAACGCCGGGGUGAGCCGCUCCGCCGCCCUCUGCUUGGCCUAUCUCAUGAAGCACCGCGGGGCCAGCCUGCUGGAAGCCCACCGGCUGCUGAAGAGCUGUCGGCCUAUCGUCAGGCCGAACCCCGGGUUCUGGAGGCAGCUCAUCCAGUAUGAGGCGGAGCUGCGUGGGAGUAGUUCAGUCAGGAUGGUGCCGUCUGCUUUAGGAGAGAUACCUGACAUUUACUUAGAGGAGACCCGGAACAUGGUGCUUCUGUGAAGAGACGCUCACUCAUUGGGGCAAUAAACUGUGGUGCUGAUGAGCAGUGACGUAAACAUGAGUUAUCUUUGGGUUAAAAAGACAGACUUAGAGAGUUUUAUAAACUGUUUAAUACAAUCUGAGUAAAUACUUGUUUGUAUGUG